AUGCUGGGCGCGCUGAUCCGAUUCUCAUGCCUCUUCUUGGCGGUCAGCGCCUUGUACACGCAGGCGUUGAACAUUCGCCAGAUGUUCGACGUGUCGCCGGCAAGGAGAGCGCCCAGUUUCGAUGCUGCCGAAGAGGGAAAAGUGCCGCUGGAGCGUCUGACGGUCGAAGCCGAGAUUCCGAGGGAAACAGACAACAUGCCCCGCUACAUCGAGAACCCGUUCGUCUCGCCGCUCAUCCAGAGAUGGCGCGGACGGCGCUUUGGCGCAGCCCGCCGCCGCUAU